UUGUAGCCAGACGUUUGAAGUUUAUGGAGCAAAUCGAAAUACAAAGCUGAACAAAAUUUUGGAACUUCCCAAAAAAAUUGCAUGUCGUUAGUUUCAACGUUAAGUGAAUGCGUGUGUUGUCUGGUAUGCUUUGUAUAAUUAACAUCUAAAUUUUCUGAAUCAUUCAGAAAUACGAGCAAUGGUAUUAAAUUAUUAAAUUUCGCUUAUUUUCUAUUCAACUUUUUUUUUGAGAGGCUCUGGGAGGGGUAGGGUUAUGUUGUUCCUUGUUUUAUUCCGUAUAUUUGAAAUUUGCUCGAUGAGAUGAUACGCUUGUAAUAAAGCUGUCUGUUUAACGUCUUUAAACCUUUCAGAAUGACACGUUUACGAUUGUUGGCAAAAUUCAUUAAUCGAAACCCCCGGAACAUUGAACAACUGGGUCUUCAAACUUUCCCGGCAGGCUAUGGGUUGGACGUUGAUCGACAUAAGCAUUCAUUUAUAUAUAGGGCAAAUUUCCAGCGACAUCGACAUUAUGUUGAAGGUCACAUUGAACAUUACAAGGACGGCAUUGUGUUAUUAGCAUCUUCACGUGAAAAACAAAUAUCUAAACAACUGUGCAGUCCUUCUGAUAUUUCUGCUUGUGCAAACAUCGGCCAUGUACUCGGGUUAAGGUGUGCUAUGGCCGGAAUACAUUUCUUACAAGGUAUUGAUAUGGAAGACAUUAAAAGGAGUGCACAUGCAUCUGCAUUUUUCGGUGCCUUAAUAGAAAGUGGAAUCAGAUUAGGAGAACCUCAGCCUAUCCCGCACACUUUCGAAGUUGAUCCUGAAUUAACUUAUGAUAGCUAUGAAAUACAACAUACUCGCGAAGAUAAUACUGAGUAGAACAUGGAGACGGUAGAACAUCCAGUCAUGUUGCAGUGCCAU